UCUACGUAGCAACCCGGAAGAGCAAACUGCUUUCUCCUGACACGUAGCAACCACAACUAAGUUGGCUCAGGGCGGAUUUGUCAAACACCACAGAGUAAGAGAUGUCUGGGUUUGACAACUUCAACACAGACUUCUACCAGUCCAGCUACAGCGUAGAUGACCAAAACCAAGCUGGCUACGGCUACAGCAACACCGAAGGCUCCUACAACAAGCAGUAUGGUCAGUACGAUUACUCUCAGCCCAUGGGCUACUCUCCCCCGGGGGUGAUGCAGCCCCAGCAGCCAUACACGGGACAGAUCUUCCAGCCUGCACAGACCUACACUCCAUCCCCGACACAGUCCAUGUACAGCAGUAGCUUUGAUGACGAGCCGCCACUGCUAGAAGAAUUAGGAAUCAAUUUUGACCACAUCUGGCAGAAGACUCUGACAGUGCUCCACCCAAUGAAAGCAGCAGACGGCAGCAUCAUGAAUGAGACGGACCUUGCUGGGCCCAUGGUUUUCUGUUUGGCCUUCGGAGCAACACUUCUCCUGUCGGGUAAGAUCCAGUUCGGUUAUGUGUACGGCAUUAGCGCGAUCGGCUGCCUCGGCAUGUACUGCCUCCUCAACCUCAUGAGCAUGACGGGCGUCUCCUUUGGCUGCGUGGCCAGCGUGCUGGGAUACUGCCUCCUCCCCAUGAUCCUCCUUUCCAGCUUCGGAGUCCUCCUCUCUUUACAGGGCAUGAUAGGAAUUAUACUAACUGCAGCAAUCAUUGGCUGGUGCAGCUUCUCAGCCUCAAAGAUCUUCAUCUCGGCGUUGGCCAUGGACGGGCAGCAGCUCCUGGUCGCUUACCCCUGCGCUCUGCUGUACGGCGUCUUCGCCCUCAUCUCUGUCUUUUGAGCAACCCGCUAAAAAAAAACAACUGCUCCUCAGUUUCUGUAAUUUCAGUUUAAUUAGCGUCAGUGCAACUAGGGUUAUUAUUGGCUGAUUACGCUGUUAUGACAGAAAAGUGGGAGCUCCGGUCUAAAACAUGUUUUUUUUUAUUUAUUUUUUUUUCUCCCCCGUCUUUGCCUCCACCUCUCACUACAUUUCAACUUGACCAUCUGCCUCGAGUCAGUCCCCUCACUCCCGUCGUGCGUCUUAUAGGGGAGGACUGUGAAUUAAACCUGGUGAGAAAUAACUCUCCCGUGGACCUCGCCGAGCCGUGUUUGGCUCGGCGCAGUCCUGUGAUUUUUAAGGGCAUGAAGGAGAAGGAAGUGAGCAAUUAGUUCACACGGAGGAAACCCGAGGAGACUGUUUAAUUUGGUCACAGGAGGUAAAACGUUCUCAAUUUUUCAAGAAGACAAACAACCCCCGCAGCCUAAUUUGGAGCCAGUGAAAGUGCCACGUAGGAUUUUUGCAAAAGCUCUUAUGAGCUUCGUCUGGCAAACGUCCGUAGAUGCUACCACGGAGAGACUGAGGGAAACACCCACUUUUGUUUUUUCUGCACAAGACUACAAUAACUCAAUCUACUUCCCCUCCUGGAAGAGCAAAGCGAAAUGCGGAGGUCUCCUCCGCAGCAUCUCCUUUUCUUCAGGACUCCCCACCGUCUGCAUCACCGACGUUUGACGCAAACACAGCUGCUCUGCUCUUUCUGUGUUUUAUCAUAUUUUUUGAGAUUCGUUUGAGUUUCGAUGCCUUUCGGGAAAGACACAACCACAGUUUGCACAAAAGCGUUUCUCCAAUUGUGAAAACCAAACAAAUAAGAGUAGAUGACGAGAAUGAAUAGCCUGAGAGAUACUGUGUGUGUCUCUAAAGGUUUCUGUUAAAUCCUCGUUUCAGAGACGACUCCCUUCGUAUGCUUUGAUGUGUCAUCUGUUGUUCACGUCUUCUAAUGCACAUUAAAGUUGUUUUUGAAGUUUA